CACCGUCUCUCUCUAUUGCCUAUAUAAUUUCAUCAUCAGAGUUUAUUAUUUUAUUAAAGAUGAAACCUAGCUUUUCAAUCCUUAUCAAGCUUUUCAUCUUACAAUACCUUUCAGUUCUUUGCGUUUCUCAAGAUUUUGAUUUCUUCUACUUCGUCCAACAGUGGCCAGGAUCAUACUGUGAUACCAGGCAUAGUUGCUGUUAUCCAAAAACUGGGAAACCUGUUGCUGAUUUUGGCAUUCAUGGCCUUUGGCCAAAUUACAACAAUGGAGGCUACCCUUCAAACUGUAAUCCUGACAGCGUUUUUGAUAAAUCUCAGAUCUCAGACUUGAAGAGCAGUUUAGAGAAGAAUUGGCCAACGCUGGCUUGCCCAAGCGGGGACGGCUACAAGUUCUGGACUCAUGAAUGGGAGAAGCACGGGACCUGCGCCGAGUCUGAACUGGACCAGCACGGUUACUUUGAAGCAGCACUGAAGCUGAAGGAGAAAGCAAACCUUCUCCAAGUUCUGAAGAAUGCAGAUAUUAAACCAGAUGAUGAAUUUUACGACUUGGAUAGCAUUGAACAAGCAAUUGAAGACGCUAUUGGUUAUGCGCCAGGGAUCGAGUGCAACGUGGAUGGAUCCAGAAACACUCAGCUCUUCCAGAUUUACUUGUGCAUCGACACUUCAGGUUCAGAAUUCAUCAAAUGCCCUUUGCUUCCGAGGGGAAGAUGUGCAUCUCGUGUUCAGUUUCCUAAGUUUUAAUUAUUAUUAUUAUUAUUGUGAAUAAAAGUUAUUUUACUUUGUUUCUCA